CGGCGGGUGGGAGUGGCCGGGUGUGGCGGCCUAUGGCGCUUCAAACUGGGGGGAGGUGCGGCGUAUCCGGGCGCCCGAGACGGUCGACCUUCAGCUUAUGGCCGCGGCCCACCCGCGAACCACAGUGUAGUUACGGCGGAUGGACGACGGUUCCGGACCAGAGUCUGGACUUUAUUAGGGGUCUUGGAGGCACUGCCAAUAUGUCUGACAUUGAAGAAGCCACUAACCAACUCUUAGAUGUGAACCUUCAUGCGAACCAGAGGUCUAUACAGGUGACAGAAAGUGGCCUCAGAAAUGAGUCUGAGUAUCUCCGAGUCACCAUUGGAGCCACCGUACCUACUGGUUUUGAGCAAACAGCUGCAGAUGAAGUGAGAGAGAAAUUAGGAUCAUCAUGCAAAAUCAGCAAAGACCGGGGCAAGAUAUAUUUCGACAUUUCAGUGGAAAGUCUGGCUCAGGUCCAUUGUCUGAGAUCAGUUGAUAACUUAUUUGUGGUUGUUAAAGAGUUUAAAGAUUACCAGUUCAAAGACACAAAGGAAGAAGUUUUAAAGGAUUUUGAAGACUUGGCUGGGAAGCUUCCAUGGUCAGACCCUUUGAAAGUAUGGAAAAUCAACACCAAUUUGAAGAAAAAAAAAACAAAGCGUAGAAAAAUAAAUCGUAAUUCAAAUAAAGGGGAGAUUGAUACUGGACAAGGGGACAAAAUAGAUGAGAGAGAUGUUAAAAAAGAGUUCACUAAGAACACCUUAGAUGCACAUAUCUUAGACUAUUACGAAAAUCCAGCCAUCAAAGAGGAGAUAUCAACAUUAGUGGGUGAUGAUUUGGCAUCUUCCAAAGAAGAUGACACUGAUGAAAGCUCAAGAGAAGAAACUGAGCCUCAAGUGCUGAAGUUUCGAGUCACAUGCAACAGGGCGGGAGAGAAACAUUGCUUUACCUCAAAUGAGGCUGCAAGAGAUUUUGGGGGUGCCAUUCAAGAUUAUUUUAAGUGGAAGGCUGACAUGACCAACUUUGAUGUGGAGGUUCUUUUGAAUAUCCAUGAUAAUGAAAUAGUUGUGGGCAUUGCACUGACAGAAGAGAGUCUCCACCGAAGAAAUAUCACGCAUUUUGGACCUACAACUCUUAGAUCUACUCUUGCCUAUGGGAUGCUCAGGCUCUGUGCUCCUCAGCCUACUGACAUAAUAGUUGAUCCGAUGUGUGGAACAGGGGCCAUACCAAUAGAGGGGGCUACUGAAUGGUCUAACUGUUACCAUAUUGCUGGUGAUAAUAAUCCAUUGGCUGUGAAUAGAGCAGCAAAUAACAUCUCAUCUUUAUUGACCAAGAACCAAGUUAAAGAAAGCAAACCAUCCUGGGGCUUGCCUAUAGAUGCUGUUCAAUGGGAUAUCUGCAAUCUGCCAUUGAGAACUGGCUCUGUAGAUAUUAUUGUAACAGAUAUGCCAUUUGGAAAAAGGAUGGGCUCCAGGAAGAGAAACUGGAACCUUUAUCCAGCUUGCCUAUGGGAAAUGAGCCGUGUCUGUAGACCUGGCACAGGUCGAGCUGUACUACUUACUCAGGACAAGAAAUGCUUCACCAAGGCAUUAUCCGGAAUGGGACAUGUAUGGAGAAAGGUGCAUACUGUCUGGGUGAAUAUAGGGGGUCUUCAUGCUGCAGUUUAUCUUCUGAAACGUACUACUCAGGCCUUUGAUCAUCAUUCAGAACAAGAUCGAGAAAGAGGAACCCCUUGGUAAUGCAAAGAAUGAAGAUGAUGUUGGAAAGGGCUGCAUGGAGAACUGGCUUUGAGAGAAAAAUAGUGCUUAACUGCACCCUGGUUAACGAAAGGUGUGAAUGCUAAUGUGAUGGAAUUGAAGAAAGUCUUAUGAGGAAGCAGAGCUUUUCUUUGGAGCUGUUUUGAAAGGGUAGGUAGGCAAUGACUGUUUUUCUUAAAAUGCUUUAAAGAUGCUUACUAAAAGGCUCUAGAAUUUGGAUUUGGAACAUUAUAUUUUUAGACUUUAGCAGUUCCAGUUUUCCAUCGUAGCGUAAAAGAAAGGAAGAGAACAUAUCAGAGCACCUUAGGCCAUAUCUCUCCAGUGUCCAUGCAGCUUUGCUUUUCAACUGCUCAAGUUCUUGUUACCUCGUCCUAAAAAGCAUCAUUAUUUUGUGAAGUGUUUGCCCCACUUACAAGACUACAGGAAAGUUUACCAUCUGCCUUAAAUAUUAAAAUAUGCAUAUUAUUCAGAUUAAUACAUGGAACUAAAAUAGAGGAUAAAAUUUAAUCCUAGGGAUUGCAAAGAUACUGAAAUGUUAAUACAGAGCAUUUGUAUUUGUAAAUAGAAGUAAAUUUAUAGAUAGAAAGAUGGUAUGGGACCAAUAAGCCAAAUUAAAACAAAUGUUUUUCUUUCUAUAAACAAAAGGUGUGUUACUUUUAAAAGCAAAAUAUAAAAAUCAAAUUAGAACUUUUUAUUGGUUUCUUAAAGGGACUAGAGAACAAAGUAAUGUAUAGUUGAGUGAAAAAUUUUACUUUUUGGGUCAAUGUAAGUUCUAUUUUUUUCUCUUGGAUAACUUUUCACAUUUAGUUGCUUUUCCAGUUGGAGACCUUCCUGAGAUGGUUUUAUGGAAAAUGAAAUAACCUCAAUAUUUACUCCUUGUGAAAACAGUGCCUCCCUAAGGCAAAGAGCAGUUGAGGUUUUAUGUGGAAUUUUUUUUAUAGUAUUCUAAGUUUAUUUUGAAGUUUCUGGCUGCAUUCUUUUUAGAUUUUCAGUGUCAUGUUAUAAUUUAAUAGUAUUACUCAAUUAUCUUCUGAUGUCUCACAUUUAGAAUAAAAAAGGACACAGUACUUCCUUCCUUUUUAAGAAUAAACAGUUCAUAUUAGUAACAUAGCCAGCAGUCCUAGUUUGGUCUCUCUCUGAUAUACUAUCCCACACUUGAGCCUGAAAUGGAAAUAAACACAUUUAUGAAGGUUUUUUAUCUUAGAUUGGAGUUUUUACCAUCAAUAGAACGCACAGCUGUGUGAAUUAUGGGCUAACUAAAUAAAGCCUUUCAUGUCUGACAAAAGGGAAACCAUUUAACCUCAUACUAAAUAAGGAUUGGUCAGGAGUCCACUACAGUACAGAGCCACUAACUACAAGAACCAUGUAUGUUUUCUACUGUUUACCAAGUGCUUUGGCAUAGUACUGCCACAGAGAUGGUAUUUAAUAUUUGUUUAAAUGAAUUAAUAUGUUUACAUAUUGGUUGAAUUUGGAAGGAAAUAUAUAUCAAUUUUUUGUUUGAUUCACUGUAGCUUUACUACCACAAUAAAAUACAACCAGACCAAAUUCAGAUGAUGGGAAUAGUGAA